AUGGCAAUUGGGGACGACAGUGAUUUUGCAUCGAGACUGACAAAUACGACAAACCACUCAACCGUCGCAAAGGAUGUCUUUGAAGAAAUGGACCAUGAGCUCACAUUCUGGUUGCAAAGUGAUGCCACAGUGGUUGGGCCAUUGAAAUGUCUAGCCGGAUGGGGAGGAAGUGAGGUUCUGCGGCGAGGGCUGGGCAAGGACUGCUUUGUUGGACUUCCCCAACGCUGUAGCAGACAUCCGCUGUCAUCAGUUUCACUUGUCCCUGGCAUCUCUCAAGCUUCCCACAACGCGUCAAACACGUCCGGCAGCUCGGGCAGAGCUGCAGGUCCAGCUGCACGUGGCUUCGCAGACAGCUGCCUUGCCAGACUUCUCCAGACCAUUGACAGAAUGAGCGAGGCAGGUGACGUUCCUGCCCCAUCCGUUCCUCCUAGGCCCAGACGACUUCAGCCGGCUUCGCCGGCAUCUUCGAUGGCCAUGGCUGCCAUGGCCUGGCGGCCGAGCAUAAGAACUGAAAGAGACGAUGGAAGAGACAGGCAGACCAGGCAAGCUGGGCCGCAUGCUGGAUCUUCAGGUUCAAGUUUCCCAGUUCCAGGUGGAGACGAAGCCCUGGCAGUCCAGUUGCAGUUUGGGGACGAGGGGGCUGCAGUGGCUGCAUGGUCACCAGAACCGCUUGUUCCCGGCUUUGUUCCGGCCCCACAUUUACCAGAACCUCCUGGCUCCCGGAUUUCAUCCAUUGAUGAAGCGCUGGCAUUGGCUCUCAGCAUUGCAGAUAUGGCAGACGCUGAUGAAUGGCACAGUCCACAUGCAGCUUCAGACUUUCGAGCCGAAGCUAGACGCCGCGUGCGAGCGCGCCGAACGCGAGGUCGGGCAUUCAGUGGUCAGAAUCGUCAGGGUGAUGUUUUUUUGGGCCGUGAAGCUGGGAGCCCAUUCUCAGAGCCAGAGCAAACAGGCACAGAACAUGGUGAAGAACAGUCCCCUGACGAUUCUGACGGCUUCUAUUCUCGUCUUUGGGGCUUGGACGGGCAGACCUUCGAUGUGGAUGUGCAAAGAAGCCGUCGGAGGACCGAGAGGCUUGCGCAGCCAUCCAGUGGUCGUGUUCAUGGUGUUCACGGUGUCCACGGUGGUUCCCCCUCACCGUCCAGGCCCCGCCUCCGGUCCAAUUCGGGUCCGGAGGUUGGCUCGGACCAGACAACUAUCAUCUCGUUUACCCCUACAGAUGCGCCAGCAGAAGCUUGCGCCAUCUGUUGCGAGCAUUUUGUGGAAGCUGAUCGCCUUCGACUUCUUCCUUGUUUACACAGGUACCACGUGCUGUGCAUCGACCGUUGGCUGGGUCAAAGUCAAACCUGCCCGGUAUGCAAGCAUUCGGUAGUGACUCCGGGUGCACGUUAA